AAAUAGCACAGGAGAAAAAAACAGAGCCGCUAAACACCCCCUUAAACCCUAGCUCCCGCCGCACAUCCCCCCCUCUCCCAUGGCGGCCGCCCGCGCCACCCUCCCGCUCCCGCGCCUCCCCGCGCCCUCCCCCUCCCCGAGGCCCUUUCCCUUCCCCCCCGUCUCCCCUCGCCGCCGCGUGGGGCGGGUGGCGGCGUCGCUGCGGCGGCUCGGGGACGUGAUCGAGGCGCAGCAGUUCGACCGGGGCGCGCUGACGGAGAUCUUCGAGGUGGCGCGGGAGAUGGAGGCCGUGGAGCGGGGCUCCACCGCCGGCGCUCGGAGCCGCGUCCUCGAGGGCUACCUCAUGGCCACGCUCUUCUACGAGCCCUCCACGCGCACGCGCCUCUCCUUCGAGGCCGCCAUGCGCCGCCUCGGCGGGGAGGUGCUCACCACCGAGAACGCCCGCGAGUUCUCCUCCGCCGCCAAGGGCGAGACCCUCGAAGAUACCAUAAGGACUGUUGAGGGUUAUUCUGAUAUUAUUGUUCUGAGACAUUUCGAAAGUGGAGCUGCAAGGAGAGCAGCCGCUACCGCGAACAUUCCAGUUAUUAAUGCAGGUGAUGGGCCAGGGCAACAUCCAAGUCAAGCUUUAUUGGAUGUGUAUACAAUAGAGAGAGAAAUUGGCUCACUAGAUGGAAUAAAACUUGGUUUAGUUGGAGACCUCGCUAAUGGAAGAACUGUUCGUUCUCUAGCCUAUUUGAUUGCCAAGUACCAAAACAUUAAGAUAUACUUUGUAUCUCCAGAUGUUGUAAAAAUGAAGGAUGACAUCAAGGAAUACUUAACUUCACAAGGUGUUGAAUGGGAAGAAAGUUCAGAUUUGUUGGAGGUGGCAUCAAAAUGUGAUGUUAUUUAUCAAACACGCAUUCAAAAAGAAAGAUUUGGUGAGAGGAUAGAUCUUUAUGAAGCAGCUCGUGGUAAGUACAUUGUGGACAAGAAGGUCUUAGAUGUGCUGCCAAAGCAUGCUGUUAUCAUGCACCCCCUUCCAAGGCUUGAUGAGAUUACAGUAGAUGUUGAUAGUGAUCCGAGAGCUGCAUAUUUUAGACAGGCCAAAAAUGGCCUCUACAUCAGGAUGGCGUUGCUCAAACUUCUGCUUGUUGGUCGUUGACAGUUAGUUUGUGGGCUGUGGUGUUGAGGGGUCAAAAAUGUUGUCUCAGUGACUCCAAAUUGACUGAGUAGUGCUGCACUAGGCAUCAAGGUUGUGGAUCCUUGCAUGGAUUCAGCUGUCUAGAUGCAUAAUUUUCAAUGUAACAAAAUGUUCUGAAUAAAGAUUUGCUUUUGUCACCUGAUUUUGUGAGUCAUCAUAGCCAAGGGUACUAAUUUGCAUCAGUGAUUUUAUGGCCUUCUAUGAGCACUGAGUA